AUGUUGAACAUCAAUAUGCCACUGCUGGACACUUUACAAGUUCCAACCUACAAUCGCUACUUCAAGAAUAUCUUGACAAACAAGCGAGAGAUUCCGCAGUUCACUAUAGAUCACAUCAAGAUGACAGAAGAGUGCAAUGCUGCAAUCACUAAUCAAGCUCCCGAGAAGAAAAGAGAUCCUGAAUGUCCAACCAUCUCGUGUUCACUUGGAGCGGUAAUAUUUGAAAGGGCAUUAUGUGAUCUUGGCACAAGUGUGAGCGUCAUGCCUAAAGCUGUGUUUGAGAAGGUACGCCUGCUGGAGCCAGAACCAAUGGCUAUGUGCCUGGAGUUGGCAGACAACACCGUUCGCUAUUCCGAAGGUAUUGUUGAAGAUGUACCUGUGAAGAUCGGGAAUCACUUUGUCCCUGUUGACUUCAUGAUACUCGAGAUAGGAGGAGGAGCUAAAUCCCCACUCAUCCUGGGAAUGCCGUUCUUGAAGACUGCAAGAGCAAAUAUAGAUGUUGGGAAGGGCGAGAUCAAGUUUGACAUCAAUGGCACUAUGAGCGCGUUCAAGUUUCUCCCACACUUUGAGGUAUGCAACAUGAUUUCUAGCAAGUAUAUACCGCCACAUUGGCGUGUCAAGUAG